UGCUGGCUGCAUGUUCGCUGACAUCUCACAGUCACAACUGAGACCUCUUCCACAGCAGCAAGUGGCCAUCCCUGGCACCAUGAAUUUAAACUUCACCUCUCCAAUUCAUCAGGUGUCCACCCAGAGACCCACAUCCUUCUUCAUAGAGGAUAUCCUACUACACAAGCCCAAGCCACUAAGAGAGUCCAGCAGCAGUCACUUCAGCAGUAGCUUUGCCUCCCGAGUUCCCUUCUUUGAUUAUGGCUACCCUUUAAUGCCAACUCCCACCAUCCUUGCACCCCAUCCCCACCACCCUUUGCACAAGGUGGAACACCACCCGUUUUUCCUAGCCACCUCCGGUCUCCCCAUGCCUGCCCUAUUCCCUCAUCACAGUGAGCUGCCGGGAAAGCACUGCCGGAGGAGGAAAGCGCGCACCGUGUUCUCGGAUUCACAGUUAUCGGGUUUGGAGAAACGCUUUGAGUUGCAGCGUUACUUGUCCACCCCAGAGAGAGUGGAGCUAGCCACUGCACUCAGCCUAUCAGAGACACAGGUGAAAACCUGGUUCCAAAACCGGAGGAUGAAGCACAAAAAGCAGCUGAGAAAGACUCAGGAUGACAGUAAAGCCCCAUCCAGUGAUGGACCCCUAGACCAUGGCUCCAGUGACACAGAACUCGGGGACAAUUCCGGAGCCGAUAUAGACAAGGACCCAAACAGCCAGAGUCGGUACCUGAGAGAUGAACCAGAUGAUGAGGUGGAUAUCAUAGAGGAUGAUAUGUGUCCCCCCCAUCUGCUAUAACAGCCGGAUAAAAAGGACACCUAGAGCUUGGGGGCUUUAAUGGAAUAUGCAUCCAUAAACACCAUGACAUGAGCAGGGGGACCCCGAGACUGCUGUACAGCACACACUCUUGAGUGGGGGGGCUCUGUUAUCAGAGAUGGGUGUUAAUAAACUCAUACAACACCUCAAAUCAAAGUCUUUAUAUGACCCUCCCACAGUUUUCCUAACUCUACUACUGAUGAACCCAGCAAAUCACAUGGACAGGAGAGGACCUCAGCGCCCCAUCAACAAGAUGCAGGAGCCUAAUAUUAUAUCAUGGUAUUAUACACCUGUUGUGACUUCAUCAGAGAAGACCCACAAUUUCCCCAUUUCCCUUGUGCACUUUCAUUUCUCCAUGCUAUGUGUCAUUUGUCAAUGGUUGUAAAAAUCCCUUCUACGUGUGCGAAUAACUGUCCAUUUUGUAGUGAACAAUGCUCACUACGCUGAAUAUAUACAUAUAUAUAGAUCAACAUCAGUCUAAACAUGUCAACAGAGAAUCAUUCUUAAAUUACAGCCGGGGAAACCAAAUAUAUAUAUUGAUUUGGUUCCCCCAGCUGUAGUAAGAAUGAUUCUCUGUUGACAUGUUUAGGCUGUUUUUCUAAAGGAGUUGAGAAUCUUUAAAUAUUUUCUUCAUUUAUCCCAUCACGUGAAAAGCCAAUUGCUGUAUAUUUAUUUAUUAUUUUAUUUGCACAUGAUUGGGUAUUCAAAGUGAACAAAGCUACAAUUUAUUGAGAGAAGAUUCUCAACUCCUUUAGUUAAUUAUUAGUAAAUUAUUUUUAACACAAAUUUUUAGAUGAAAAUGAUGUUGUAAUCUUUUUCUGAAUUCCUGUCUUCAAUUAGCCAGCAAUCUAUCUAUCUAUCUAUCUAUCUAUCUA